CCUUGGCCUUGAUCAGCUGAUGCUGUCGGGCUUUGUUUGGGUCCGCCUGGGCUCAUUCAAACAAGGAAGCAGUAAAAAUGGUAUUUUACUACUCCUUGAUUCAAACAAAAUCUCUCCAGCCACGGCCGGCAGUUGCCUAAAUGAUUUCAGCAGAGAAUAGUUAGUUCGCGCUCGGCUCCUGCCUGCAAUGGCCACUGCAAAGAAAAGAAGGCCUCCGAAGGAACCAAACCGCGGACCAGGCCCAGUGCCGGGGGUGGCUGAGAAGGCAACCUCCCCGAAUGAAGUACGUCCAUAUGACGACCCUCUGACCGCGCGAGAUGUGCUGGAGAGCUACAAGUGGCUGAGAAAGCGAGACCGGCGUGUGUUCCUGUGCAAGCUUAGCGAGUCACUGAGCCCGUUCGAACAAGAGGAGAUCUUGCUGGCGUUGACACCGCUGGUAAACUGCGACAUGGCCAUCUACAUGGCCGGUGCAGCGCGUAAUCUUUUCAACACGGACUUGGCUGGUGUCGAAGAAGAUGUCGUCGAUAGGAGAUUGUCGAGCAGUGGUCUCCCUGACAUGUCCAUACCUGGGAAUCGACACAAAGAUGGCGCUGAUAACACAGGUAGCAGGAGUUCAUUGCAGCAUAGCAAAUCAAGAUUAUCUAGCUAUCCUUCGGCUGCUGCUGCCAUUUUGAAUUCCGGAGCUUCUUCUCUAGCACCGGGCCAUUGUGUAUCCACACGACGGAGAACUAGGAGCAAUCCUAACACAAUUGUUUCCGGGCCUUUCAGGCACGAAGCACAUCAACACCAGACCCAGGGUGCUGCAACACGCAACACAGACUGGACAAAAACGUCCAGGCGCAUGCACGUCAGCAGUCGUACUCGGAGUUCUACUUCCAUAGACAGUGGUGCGAGCGGCACGUCCACCAUUGCACUGACUCAGAGAGUACGAGGAGCCCGUCACAAAGGGCCGCCCGGCCCCCUGACCGUGGGUCAACCACCGGGCCUGGUCACGUAUCACCUGCACGGGCCAAUGCACUAUCGGGGCGAGGUGGUCGACAAGCAUUUCCGUCGUGACUGCGUGCGUGCCCUGGGAGCCGAGGAGCGUGAUUUGCGCAUGCAGGCAGCAAACAUGGAGAGAUUGGAGGUGUGCUUUGCAGUCAUGAGCGGUUUUGAUAGGCUGCUGCUGUGCAAAGACCUGAUGAAGGACUUGCAAUCGGUUGAGUCCGUUGAACUGGCCGCAUACUUCGCCGACUGUCUGAGGCAGAGAGUGAAGGAUCGCGGCUUCUUUCACCGGGCGUCCCGUGACCUGGUGGCAAGAAUUCUGCACUUUCUCCAGCCGCACGAUGCGUGCCGACUAUCACUGGUGUGCAAAGGCUGGAAGAUGAUUCUCAACCGAGAUAUGUACUGGGAGCAUUGGUGUGUUCGACUUGGCAGGCAGUAUGAGUAUGAUCAUCUUCCCACUGACAUCCAGGCAACGCAUGACCAAUAUCAGUACAUUGACUGGAAGGCUGAGUACCACCAGUGGACUGUGCACUUGCGGGAGAUGAAGGAAGAGGCUGACCGGGAAAACGAGCGGAAAAAGAAAGAGGAUAAAGCGAAAGCCGCUCGUAUGAAGUACCUGAUGUCGCGAUUUCAAAACGAAGCCCGGAAGCUGGGUGCUGAAGCUUGGCGAAAGUCUAAUGAUAUCUUCAUGGCGUAUGUACGACGCAGGUUCGGAAACCAUCGAAUGGAUCGAAGGGAUCAAAAGCAGUGGCUGCAGGUGCUGAGCGAGGAGGAGAUUAAACAGAUUACCGAGCGUGUGUUGGAUCGCGUUGCCAAGUGCCAUGAGGAGGGCGACGACUACGACAAGUGGCUAAGCGGCGACGACGACGCGAGCGAGGAGGAGACUCGCGUGCAGAGCAGUGACUAUCCAGACGAGAAGAAGGAGGAGAAGGAGAAGAAGCCGCCCAAGCCACUGCCACCACUGCCCACCAGAGCACAUGAGUUCAGGAGUUGUGGCAGGCCCAAGAUGCGUUUGGACGAGGACAGUGAGGUAUACGAGCACUCACAGCAAGGGAAGCAGCCUGCCCCUACGUGGAGCUCAGUUAUCCCGGAUGACGAAAUGCCAUUCCGACGGAUGAUUCUAGUCCAGCAAAUACAGAGUCCAGAAACACGUGGUAUUUACUGUGUGGCAGUGGAUCGGAGGAGAGUUAUAUGUGGCUGUGCCGACGGAGCUGUUAGAAUCUGGAGCCUACGAAGUGGCCAGUUUGUUUCAGCGUACAAAGCCCACAAGGGUGGCGUGAGAUGUUUGGAUUAUCAGGGUGACAGGAUCGCUAGCGGCUCCUGGGAUCGUCUCUGCGUUGUAUGGAAUGUGGCGCGGCACGAAAUGGAACAUGAGCUGACUGGUCACAUGGGCACAGUGAAGUCUGUACGCUUCAUCCAGCAUGGCAUAGUGACGGGCUCGGCUGACGGCACGAUGCGAGUGUGGUCGACGGAGUCCUCGGAUUUGCUGUACAUCCUCAAGGACCACAGUGGUGGUAUCAAUGCAGUACAGGUCUUGGAAGAGACUCCAUCACACACAGUACUGAUUUCCGCAUCUGCUGACGGGCGGGUGUUGACAUGGGAAGUUCCGUCUCUGGCUGCACCUCGUCGGAAAGAAAUAUCCACCAGAAUGUCCAUAGACUCAGACAGCAGCGGACCACCGUCAGCGGCACCUAUGCCAACAAGGGAACUCCACUCAAGCAGCGUUAUCUUCACAGAGCAAUCUGAGUGUACCUGUAUCAAGAUACUUGGUGAUUUGCUGGCAGUUGGUGAUAGUCGCGGCGAUGUCACCUUCAUUGCGUGGCGAUCUGGGACCGAGCUCGACCAGAUGAGCUGUGACAGCUAUUGUGCUGUGCAAGCAUUGGACAUGAUCGAGGAGUGGAUGGUGACGUGCUCUGGACACAAAGUUCGACAGUGGAGCUUGAAGACCGGUGAAUGCCUUCGUCAGCUGAUGGGCUACAAAGCUACUGUCAAGGACGUGAAGUGUUACGGUGAACUGAUCAUCACUGGCUCAAUGGACCGGGUGGCACGUAUCUGGAACCCGAAAGACCCGUUCAACUAUAGCCAGCCAAGAUACACACGAGGAACAGUGGCACACCGGCCCAACGACGUCAUCAAAUACGACAAAAAUGAUCGCUGGACUGAUGUGUGGGAUCUUGCGGACCCGGAGGAGAAUUACAGAGUCCAAGACAAAAUUCCUCUGCUAGACGAACCAACUCCUUCGUCUCCAGUCAACCUUCCAAACUUCCCGGAUGAAACAUGCCGAAUACCUGUGCAGCUCAGCUUUGUCAACCACUUUUGAAGGCCAGGAGCACUGAAACCACUGCCGGAGUGUGUCCAGUGGUCCGCUGUGAGGCACGGUGGCCGCAUACGCCUAGGCAGUGGGUGCUGAGGUACAGGUCGCUAGACAGCUGAAGACGCAUCUACCCAACGACUGUGGUCAUGUAGUCAAGAAGGCAUACAGCCAUAUGACUGUAUGAGGCUGGUAAGCGUCAUGCCCUUGGACUGACACUGUGUUACAAGCUGCAGGCGCUGCACAUACCAGUGAGUCGCACCCAGCCGUGUUAGCUGUUAGCUAACACUGCAGUAAUACGACACUGUAGCAGCCGGAAUGUUACUCCCAGCAGCUAUCACUACAGCGGAACAGCACUCCUUCAGAAUGAUAUUAGUACCUGGCACUGCAUUGGGGAAACAGCACGUUCACCCAAGUUUGCUUCCUGGUAGACAAUAGAUGGUGCCGAUGGAUGGACUUAGUCUUGAGCUAGCCGUGAAGUUAGUCUUGAUCUGAGAUUGAAUUUCUUGAUUCGUCAUUCAAAGUGCAUGUAUGAUGUGCAGACAAUAGUUGAAACGUUGUUGAUGAUUACUGAUUGGUUAGUAUUUUAUGAUCGUUCGUAGCGUCCUCUCCUCUCCCCUCUCUUUCUCUCUCUCUUUCUCUCUCUCUCUCUCUCUCUCUCUCUCUCUCUCUCUCUCUCUCUCUCUCUCUCUCUCUCUCUCUCUCUCUCUCUCUCUCUCUCUCUCUCUCUUCUCUCUUCUCUCUCCUCUUUCUCACUCACAUUCUCUUGCUCACUCACUAAAGUCUGGGACACUUCUCUUGGAACUUGAAAUCAAUACUAGUAAUUCAUGAAUGAGCACAUUCCCAGAUGGUGUGUGGAAUACACGAGAUGGAUCCGAGAACAGUUUCUUGGGCUGUGCAUGAGCACAUAAACGUGUAUGGUACAUCGGCCCAGUUCUAGCCAGAACAAAGUUGGCCAUGCUUAUACCUCUGAUGAGCCCCGAAAACUACCUCAAACUUUUGAUUGGCACACAGUCAUCAUGUCAUGCAUAUUCCCCUGGACUGCGGCAUGCACUGCGGGUAGUGAAUACUGUGUGGUAGCAUGCAAAGGAGGCCUUGCGUGCACACACACACAACUGCGAUGUAUACAUCUUUAGGUGUACGAGAGUUCAGAUUGCAGUGCAUGGCACGCACCAAGAAGUUGUUCACACGUGCACUCUUGCCAGGCUGCAUGUGCAUGAACUGGCGAGGCCGAGAUCACGUUAUGUCCUUUAGUCAGACAGCUGCGCGUACUGCUGCGGUAGUGCAUCCCAGAAAACACAAUAAUUGUGUUGAAUGGCCAACUGCACUCGUGUAGGGUGAAUGUGUGAUGCGCUCUGAAGUGAAGGCCGUUGGUACGAGUACGCAGGUACCUGUAUAGUGGAUGAUCUGAUUGAGUCUCCAGCUGUCAGCUCUGCACGGAUGGGUCUCGUACAGCGAUAGUGCAUCAUGUGGGGCAGUGCUUUUGCUAUAUGCACCCAGGAUGUGCUUGUAAUCAAGUAAGUUGUGUACUCUGCACUCGGCAUAUCCACCCCCGCCUCUCCCCUUUCUUUUCAUUCAUGAUAUUGGUGCGUCUAGCUCACUAUGAAGCCGAGACCUCGGGUCGGCCGAGUGCACUGGGUCUCACCACCCUUCUGCUCCUUAGUUCUAACCAGAUUGGAACUGAGACGGCAUGGGCACUGGGCACGUCAUGCGUGGCAUGCUGAGCUCUGUCAAACUGCACAUGCUAAGCACAUGUUCAAACAAUGCGGCUGUGAUUGGUGUGGAACGAACACCUCAGUCAUGCGAGUUUUCCUCAGUGCAUGUUGCUGACCCCAUGCAGAAUGUUGCGAUGUGCUCAUGCAUACCGGUA